AUGGACCCGGCGUCGGGCAAGAUCGAGGGCUACGGCACCAAGCUGCAGAGGGACCUCGAGGGCAAGAAGACGUGGAACGACUUCUUCUUCUUCCACGUCGUCGCGCCGCCGGAGAAGGUGGACCACGCCGUCUGGCCCGAGAGCCUCGCCGUCGCCGGGUACAGGGAGGCGAACGAGGAGUAUUGCAGCCACAUGCAGCGCCUGACGCGCGAGCUGUUCGAGCACCUCUCGCUGGGGCUCGGCCUCCACGAGGGCGCCAUGGCGGCGGCGUUCGGCGGCGACGGCCUGCCGGAGCUCACGCUCGGCGUCGCGCCGCACACCGACAUGAGCACGCUCACCGUCCUCGUGCCCAACGACGCAGGGCCUCCAAGUCUUCAAGGAUGGUCAGUGGUACGACGCCAAAUUUUCAGCAAGGCGGUGCUGCACCGUACGACGGUGAACAAGGAGAAGAUGCGGAUGUCAUGGCCGGUGUUCGUGGAGCUGCCGGGGGAGCUCGUCCUCGGGCCGCACCCGAAUUGA